CGGAGCGCGCCCGAGCGCACCAUGGAGCGCAGACUGCAGGCCCUGGAGCGGCUGCUGCGCGGGGAGCGCGGGGGCGCGGAGCCCGCCGGCCUCCUGGACGGACUGCUGGACCUCCUGCUGGGGCUGCACCAGGAGCUCUCCAGCGCCCCCCUGCGCCGGGAGAGGAACGUGGCGCUCUUCCUCAGCUGGGCCGCCCCCUUCGUGACAAAGGUGAAAGAACUGAGGCUCCAGAGGGACGACUUUGAGAUCCUCAAAGUGAUUGGCCGGGGGGCCUUCGGGGAGGUCGCCGUGGUGAGACAGAAGAACACGGACCAGAUCUUUGCCAUGAAGAUGCUGCACAAAUGGGAGAUGCUCAAGAGGGCAGAGACCGCCUGCUUCCGGGAGGAGCGAGACGUCCUGGUGAAGGGCGACGGCCGCUGGGUGACCGCUCUCCAUUGCGCUUUCCAGGAUGAAGACUACCUGUACUUGGUGAUGGACUACUAUGCUGGUGGGGACCUGCUGACGUUGCUCAGCCGUUUUGAGGACCGGCUGCCCCAAGAGCUGGCCCAGUUCUACCUGGCGGAGAUGGUGCUGGCCAUCCACUCCCUGCACCAGCUGGGCUACGUGCACAGGGACGUCAAGCCGGACAACGUGCUCCUGGACUCGAACGGGCACAUCCGCCUGGCCGACUUUGGCUCCUGCCUGCGGCUCAACGCCAACGGGAUGGUGGACUCCUCGGUGGCCGUGGGCACCCCCGACUACAUCUCCCCCGAGAUCCUCCAGGCCAUGGAGGAAGGGAAGGGCCACUACGGGCCGCAGUGCGACUGGUGGUCCCUGGGGGUGUGCAUGUACGAGUUGCUCUUCGGGGAGACCCCCUUCUACGCCGAGUCCCUGGUGGAGACCUACGGCAAGAUCAUGAACUACGAGGACCACCUGCAGUUCCCCCCAGACGUCCCUGAGGUGUCGGAGAGCGCCCGGGACCUGAUCCGCAAACUCCUGUGUCGCCAGGAGGAGAGGCUGGGCCGGGGGGGGCUGGAUGACUUCCGGGGUCACCCCUUCUUUGAGGGUGUGGACUGGGAGCGGCUCCCGAGCAGCACGGCCCCCUACAUCCCCGAGCUGCGGGGGCCCGUGGACACCUCCAACUUUGACGUGGAUGAUGAUACCCUUAACCAUCCGGGGACGCUGCCGCCCGCUUCCCACGGGGCCUUCUCGGGCCACCACCUGCCCUUUGUGGGCUUCACCUUCACCUCCAGCCCCGCGCCCGGCUCGGACAGGAGCCCUGACCUGCCGGCCUCCAGCCUUGAGCGGAGAAUGCGGAAUCUGGAGCAGGAGAAAGCCGAGCUGAGCCGGAGGCUGCAAGAAGCCCAGGCUGAGGGCGGCCCCGGCGGGAGGCCGGCCCCUGGGAGCAGCUGGCAGCAGGAGAGAGACCAGCUCUGCCAGGACCUGUCGGAGGCCCGGGCCCAGCUGCAGGCCCAGGCCCAGGAGCUGCUCGUCUCCGACGCGAGGCAGAAGGAGCUGCAGCAGAGGCUUCAGGAGGCUGAGGAGGCCACGGGGGCCGCCCGGAGCCAGGCCCAGGCCCUGAGCCACAAGCUGGACGCUGCCCGGGAAGCCCAGGCUGAGCUAGAGGCCAAGGUGGCCGCCCUCGGCAGCGAGGUGGCGCGGCUCCGGAAGCAGAGGGAGAGGAGCAGGGAGAAGGAGCGGUCCCGAGUCAAGGCCAUCCUCCCGCCCCCAGAGACCAACGGCUCCGGCCCCCUGAGCCCUGCGCCCCAGGGGGCGGGCCAGCAGGAGGCCCUGAAGAAGGAGCUGGAAGCUCUGAGAUCUCAGCUGGACCAGGCCCGGAGCCAGGGCCCCAGCAGCCCGAAAGGGAAGGAAGAACUUCUCCGGCUCCAGGAAGAAAACAGACGUCUGACCCAGAAGCAGGAGCUGCUCGCGCGAGAGCUGGAGCAAGAGCAGCAGAGCAAGAAGCAGCUGGAGGGAGAGCGGCGCGAGAGCGAGAGCAACUGGGAGGCCCAGAUCUCCGACAUCCUCACCUGGGUGAAUGACGAGAAGGUCUCUCGAGGUUACCUGCAGGCUCUGGCCACCAAGAUGGUGGAGGAGCUGGAAGCCUUACGCAGCGCGGGAACCCAGACCCUCCCAGCCCGGCCCCUGGACCACCAGUGGAAGGCCCGGCGGCUCCAGAAAAUGGAGGCCUCGGCCAAGCUGGAGCUGCAGUCGGCGCUGGAGGCCGAAAUCCGGGCCAAGCAGAGCCUGCAGGAGCAGCUGGGCCAGGUGCAGGAAGCACAGCGCCAAGGGGAGAGCCGCCUGCAGGAAGCCGAGAAGCGAAACAAGGCGCUGCAGCAGGAGCUGGCGUCCCUGCGGGAGGAGCUGAAGGCCCGGGGGCAGGGGGAUUCCAAACCGUCCAGUUCCUUGAUUCCGUUCCUGCCCUUUCAGAGCUCAGAGAAGGAUGCUUCGAAGGACGCCGUCAGCUGCACAGACUCCCCAGACCCCCGGCGUCCCGGGGCUGAGGCAGAGCUCCGGCCAGAGGGCCGCCGCAGCCUGCGGAUGGGGGCCGUGUUUCCUCGAACCCAGACCCCGGCGCCGGCCGACAGCGCUCCGGCCAAGCCCGGCUCCCAUGCCCUGCGCCCGUGGAGCUUCCCGUCCCCCACCAAGUGCCUGCGGUGCACCUCGCUCAUGCUCGGGCUCAGCCGCCAGGGAGUGGCGUGUGAAGCCUGCGGUUACUUCUGCCACUCUUCCUGCGCCCCCAUGGCCCCGCCCUGCCCCGUGCCCCCCGAGCUGCUCCGGACGGUCCUGGGGGUGAACGCCGAGACUGGCGUCGGCACAGCCUACGAGGGCUUCCUGUCGGUGCCGCGCCCCUCGGGGGUGCGCCGAGGCUGGCAGAGGGUGUUUGCCGUGCUCAGCGACCUGCGCCUCCUCCUGUACGAUGCCCCCGACCCGAGGCUCUCCCCCGCGAGCGGUGCCCUCAUCCAGACCCUGGACCUGAGGGACCCCCAGUUCUCAGCCACCCCAGUCCUGGCGUCCGAUGUCAUCCACGCACAGGUUCGGGACCUGCCCUGCAUCUUCAGGGUGAUGGCGUCCCAGCUGACCGUGCCCCCGACGCAGUGCUCCGUGCUGCUGCUGGCCGACAGCGAGGGCGAGCGGGCGCGCUGGCUGCAGGUGCUGGGGGAGCUGCGCCGCCUGCUGAUGGACAUGCGGCCGCGGCCCCUGCCCGUCUACACCCUGAAGGAGGCCUACGACAACGGGCUGCCCAUGCUGCCCCACGCCCUCUGCGCCGCCAUCAUCGACCAGGAGCGGCUGGCCCUGGGCACUGAAGAAGGACUCUAUGUCAUCCACCUGCACACCAAUGACAUCUUCCAGGUGGGCGAGUGCAAGCGGGUGCAGCGCCUGGCGGUGAGCCGGCCCCCCGGGCUCCUGGCCGUCCUGUGCGGCCGCGGCCCCAGCGUGCGCCUGUUCGCCCUGGACGAGCUGGAGAGCGGCGAGGCGGGGGGGGCCAAGAUCGCCGAGUCGAGGGGCUGCCAGGGGCUGGCGGCGGGCCGCGUCCUGCAGGCCAGCACCCCCGUGCUCUGCGUGGCCGUGAAGCGGCAGGUCCUGUGCUACCAGCUGGGGCCCGGGCCCGGACCCUGGCACCGGCGCAUCCGGGAGCUGCAGGUGCCCGGGCCGGUGCAGAGCCUGGCGCUGGUGGGCGACCGGCUGUGCGUGGGGGCGGCCGGGGCCUUCGCGCUCUACCCACUGCUCAACGAGGCGGCCCCCCUGGUGCUGGGCGCCGGGCUGCCCCCCGAGGGUCCCUGCGAGGCGCUGGGCGCCGUCGAGCUCAGCCUCAGCGAGCUCCUGCUCCUGCUCUCCACGGCCGGCGUCUACGUGGACCGCACAGGCAAGAGGUCCAGGAGCCAGGAGCUGCUCUGGCCCGCGGCCCCCACUGGCUGGGGCUACGCAGUCCCCUACCUGACAGUGUUCAGCGAGAACGCCAUUGACGUGUUUGACGUCCGGAGGGCAGAGUGGGUCCAGUCGGUGCCGCUCAAGAAGGUCCGACCCCUGAACCCCGAGGGCUCCCUUUGUCUCUACGGCUCCGAGAAAGUCCGACUGACCUACCUCAGGAACCGGCUGGCGGAGAAGGACGAGUUUGACAUCCCCGACCUGACGGACAACAGCCGCCGCCAGCUGUUCCGGUCCAAGAGCAAACGGCGCUUUUUCUUCCGAGUCUCCGAGGAGCAGCGCCAGCAGCAGCGCAGGGAGCUGCUGAAGGACCCUGUCACACGCUCCAAGUUCAUCUCUCCACCCACAAACUUCAGCCACCUGGCCCACGUGGGCCCUGGGGACGGGAGGCCGGAGCUGCCCCCGGCUCCGAAGGACAAGGGCCGUGGAGGAGGCCGGAGCCACGGCCCGACGAGGCCCCACAGCUUUUCCGAGGCUCUGCGACGCCCGGCCUCCAUGGGCGGCGAGGUCUUCGUGCCAGAGCCGGACUCCGUGAGGAGGAAGCCCAGGACCUCCCUCUCCAGCGAGUCGGUGUCCUGCAGCCAGGGCCCCCUGAGCCCGGCCGUCUCCUUGAGCCAGAUCUCGGACCGUCCCCGGAGCCUCCCCCCGGCCCCUGAAUCCGACAGCUCCCGCUGAGCCAUCCCGGCUGGGAUACCAGCCCCUCCUCCGCGCCAACCCCAAGAAGGGGGAUGGGAGGAGGAAAAGGGACUACGCAGAGAAGCACGUGGAGUGGCAGGGGUCGGCCUGCGGGCCAGGGCACUGGGCAGGGGGGCAGGGGGGCGGGACGGAGCAGCUCCCUGGGGACCCAGGCUCAGGCAGCACUUCCCCCCAGCUCCCUGCCCGGGCACAGCCAGAGACUCGAGGAUCCCUCAUCUGCCCGCUCCCGCCCACAGGGGCCCCCGAGCCUCCCGCCCCCCCUGCUGUGCCGGGGGAGCCAGAGCUCUCUUGGGCUAUGUGCCAGGGGCUGGCCCAGCCCCCCGGGGGAGGAUCCUGCUUGUGCCAAAGCCCCGGCCCCGGGCAUCGACGGCUGAAGAGAAGGGGAAGGUCGCACGUGGGGCUCUGGGGGUGUGGAGGUCACGGGCACCCAGGGCGCGUCCUCUGCUGAGAUACGGACGGGACAGUCCGAGCCCGGCAGACACGGAGCGUCCUGGAGGAAACGUCCCGAGGGGGGGCUGUGGGGGGGCUAGAGAGAGAGGAGGGAGAGAAAGCAAUGGAGGAGAGACCGAGGGAAGAGGGAAGCUGGAGCGGGAAGGAGGAGCACAUCUGGACUGGGAUCCCAGGCUAACGGCUGCCAGUCAGUCAGUCUGCACUUAGGAAGCACCUCCUGUGUGCCCGGUGCUGUGUGCCCGGUGCAAGCUCCCUCCUGCCGGGGCCUCGGGGUCUCUAAGGUGCUUCGGGUUCCCAUGAUCCAGGAGGGAGAAAGAGCAAGGAGGAAAAACGCACGUACGAAAGUGAAGGGACAGAAGGAGGAGGGAGAAGCCGGUGGAGUGAGAGGAGGAGGGUUAAAGAAAGAACUGGGGGAUCGAGGAGAGGAGGAGGAGGAGGAGCACAGGAAGUGAGAAGGGGAGGAGCAGCAGCAGCGUGGGGCUGGGGGGAGGCAGGAGAGAAAGCAGGCAGGACCUAGGACGGGGGCUCCCCAGAGCAGGGAGAGGAAGCCCUGGCCAAAGGGCACCUCCUCCCAUCAGCCUGGAGGCGGGGAGAGGAGGGUUCUGGGAUUAUUUAUGAGGGGCUAACUUGUCUGAGCUGGGGGGUGAGGGAUGCUGGGGGUUCCGUUCUCAUUUGGACUUUGUUACCCCGUUUUUGGAGAGGGGGUGACUUCUUAAAGUUCCAGACGACUCUAUUAGGGAGAUAUGGGGGUUCAUUAUUGUCAUUAUUAUGGUUGUUAUUAUUAUUAUUUUUAAUCCUCUCAGUCGGGGGGAUCAGCCAAGUAUUUAUCUGCCGGACACUGUUUGUGGAAGGAUCGACACCGACAUUUGAUGUGACAAAAGAAAUCUAAUAAAGAUGUCUUUAUAAGCUG